ACUCUCCACCCAUAUCCGAGAAGAGCGUGUUAAGAGGUGUCUCACCUUCCAUGCGCAGUACACUCUUAUUACCAAGAAACUCACUGCUGGACUGACAACACCACCGCGGCUUCUUGGGACACACAGCUGCGACUUCCCCAUUGGCCAACAAGCUUAGGACCCUGUACGUAACGGCGUGUCCAGCUCAAAGACGCGCGGAGAUCUCCAAGGAAUUAACGUGUUGGGAUUUACCUGGGACUUGUGCUCCUUUAUUGUUUUACCUUACAUGCCAAAGCUGGGGGAACAUAUUGAAAAACAACAGACUAUAGCGCGAAGCUUUACGGUUUUCGCCACAAUAAUUGGUUAUCGGAUGGACCAACAUCCCAGCGCCCGGAGCUGCACCAGUCGUGGAGCUUCGUCCUGCGAGGCCGUCCCGACUGAGCCAUCCAUGAAUCUUUACAUCCACUCCACCACCGGUACACGCUUCGAGCUCUCCCUGCCCCAGGAGGAGACUGUGGAAGGACUGAAAAGGAGGUUGUCGCAACGUCUCAAAGUACCUAAAGAAAGACUCGCUCUGCUACACAAAGAAACGCGACUAAGUUCAGGUAAACUUCAGGACCUGGGCAUAUCAGAUGGGAGCAAGUUAACUCUUGUACCAACAGUCGAAGCAGGAUUAAUGUCUCAAGCAUCAAGACCCGAACAGUCUGUAAUGCAGGCCUUGGAGAGCCUCACCGAAACUCAGGUCAGUGACUUCCUGUCCGGCCGCUCGCCGCUCACCCUGGCGCUGCGCGUUGGAGACCACAUGAUGUUUGUGCAGCUGCAGUUGGCGGCGCAGCAGUCCGGAGGUCCUCAGCUCCAGCACAGACACGUCAUCACUCGGGGCAGUGGGGACAGCAGUGUGGCACAGCCCACAGGACAGCCUCGUGUGCCCCACCCAUACCCCCACCACCAUCCGCACCAUCCACACAGUCCCAGCUCACAUGGUUCACCGCCUCACCCUUCCUCCACCCCUUCCCCUGUGCCCCUGUCUUUCCCCAUGCCCUCCUCGCACCACCAGCCGCUGCCUCCCAUGUACCACCAGUCCGCCUCAUCCGCUCACUGUAGUCCUCCAACUCCACCCCCUCCACCCCACUCCCCUCGGCCGUCCCACAUGCCCACAAGUCUGUUUCGAUCUCCAGCUCAUCACCAUCACCACCAUCACUACUACCACCAGCCUUCGUCAAGCCAGUCCGGCCACAGCAUGAGCCAGCCCAGCCCUGUAGCCCCAGUCCUGUGCCCAGAGGCAAACUGCAGCUCCACCACCAGCCCAAACAGUGGCAGCAGCUCCUCCUCCCGCUCCCGCAAACCUGGAGCCAUCAUUGAGAGCUUUGUAAACCAUGCUCCCGGAGUCUUCUCAGGGACUUUUUCAGGCACUUUGCACCCAAAUUGCCAGGACAGCACAGGGCGUCCCAGACGAGAUAUUAGUACCAUCCUCCAGAUCCUUAACGAUCUAUUGAGUGCGACUCGCCACUAUCAGGGCAUGCCCCCAUCUCUGACGCAGCUGCGCUACCAGACCCAAUGCGGGUCACCCACGUCCCCUUCUCCGCCCCCGUCACCCCCGGUUACUGGCAUGGCAGAGCUCGCUGCCAAAGCUACCUCAGUGCCCUCCUGCAGCCGCAGCAGCCCCCCUCCAGCCCUCCAUCCUCUGGUGCAGUGCCAGAGUGAGAUCCACAUGUGCAAGCCUCCCGGUGACCGGCUACGUCAGACAGAGAACCGUGCUACUCGCUGUAAGGUGGAGCGCCUGCAGUUGUUGAUGCAGCAGAAGAGGCUGCGCAGGAAGGCCCGGCGGGACCAGCGUGGACCCUACCACUGGCUGCCCAACCGCAAGGCCGGCCGCAGCAAUAGCAACAGCAGCAUGUCCAGCGAGGGCUCCCUGGAUCUGGACUUUGAAGACUCGGUGUGGAAGCCCGAUGUGAAGGCUGACCUCAAGUCUGAGUUUGUCAUGGCCUAAGAUAGGAUAUAGUAUCUUCAAAAAUGUGUGCAAAGGAUUAAGAUUCUUUGGAAGGGAGCACCGGGGAAGGCUCCGUACAGACUUGAACCCAUUCUGCAACAAUAGCAACAGAACACUGAUUUUUUAAGCUUGGAUUUGGACAAGUCAUAAACUGACCAGUGAGACUUAACCUGGACUUGAGCAUAGCAGAACUGAGAGGGAGAUGGUGGUGGUGUUUCUAGAUUAUUUUGUUCAACUCACUGUGGACAUGAAGCACUCCACUCUGGACUAAAACACAGGACAGAAGCACCGGGCGCUUCACAGUCGGGACAAAGGCAGAGCUACCGAACUAUAUGGAUUAUUCCUAUGGGCAUUCUUCUUGAUCACACCUACCAAGUUCAGUUUCUACCUGUUAUGGGGUGGUUGAAUCAGAUUUUGUUUGUUUGAUUUUUCUUGCCAUUUUGAAACAUAUUAUAUUUUAUAAAUGAUAAAAUAUGUAGCAUUGUUCACAAAGCAUUCAGGUUUUCAUAUAACAGUAAAAAAGAAGUUGAUUUUGCACAUGAUUUAUAACAACUGGUGUGCAAGGAGGCAGGGCCUGAAAUAGAAAAGAUUAUGGAAGUAGUGAACCUCAGCGACAUAGGGUAUCAAUAGGAAUGAAUAAACAAAAAGUAAAUUAAUAUGAACAGAAAGUGCUUUAGAGGAUUUUAAAAAACUUUAAAUAUAUGGAAAAAAAUCUAUUUUUAUUUCUUUUCCUAUCUGCUGUUUUCAAAAAGCAGCAGCCCUCUGUGGCUUUAGUCAAGUCUUUGACUACUAAUUAAGUGUACAUCAAUUCAUUAAUUCAUUCAGCUCACUGAUGGGUUCUAUUUGUCUAGCCUCAACCACAAGGAGUUUCACAGAGCCCACCUCACGUCUAACAGACCUGAAAUGACUAGAUUUUGUGUAUAUAACUGUGACAAUUGGCAAAGGUUUAUGAGGGUGCGUGUGUUUGUUGUGUUAAUUGAUUUAUGAUGUCCCCGAUUUUGUCCAAAUGUCUCCCAAAUCUCCCCAUAGCUUUUAAAUUCACUGCAGUAAAUGCAUGAAGAGUAUAGCAUUCAUUUCCAUAUUGGCCCCAUUCAACAUAUGUGAUCCGAAACAAACAAAAUUUCUCUUGUCAGAAGGUAAGUAGGAUUGAGCAUCAUAGUUAGAUAGUGCCUCCACCAGUUCAUUCAUUGACAUAUCAGGUCAGGCCUUUUACAGUUUUGCUGCUACACACAGGAACGUUCAAAAACUGGGAGGGAAUAGUACGUUUUUUGCAUGCAAAUGUGUGAAACUACAUUUUACUUUCUAUUGAUGAGAGAAAAAAAAAAAACAUUUUGAAACUGGUGCUUUGGGGGAAUGAAGGUUAACAACAUGCAUGAUUUUGUGAAGAAAAAGACAACCAAUGCUGCUUUUGUUGGUUAGAUUUUUGUAACAUUUCUUUUUUUUACAAAGAGGAAAAGUGUCCUGCAAUUUAAGUAUUACAGACGCAAAACCAAAACAGAUGAAGUUAACUGAACAUUCCUGUUGUUUUGACAAUGAAGACGAUGGCAAUUUUCGGAGAGACAAGAGACUCUUUGACUCCCCAAUGCGCUGGUUUGAUCCAAGGAAUUUCAGAGACUUUUCACGGAUCCAGACUGACAGCCCACCUCCCCUCUGCUCGCCUGGAACCAGCAGAAUGGCGGACUUAAAAGUUCGUCUAAAUUUGGUGUAUUUCUGUCUGAAUGAUCGACCACCAUUAUUGCACUCCUAGAGAUUGCAGAGAGAGAUUACCUUUUUGGUGAACCUCAUUGUUUUUUUAAGUGGCCUUAUUAUUACCUUCACUAAAAACGAGACACUUGUGGGGGAACAAUGGGAAUGGGGAAAUGUUUUCUGUGUAUUGUUGUCGUCAUCAAGGCACCAUUUUGUCACUGAGGAACUGGGCAUCUGUGGUUUAGUGCUUUUUAGCUGGUGGAGUCUCAAAUUAUGUCAAAGGCUUCUGUGCCUUAAAUGUUGCCCUUGCAGUGUCAGUGUCAAGCUGAUUUCAAGUUGUUUUCACUGGUUUUUACACACGCAAAACUGUAGUAUUUAUAGAUUUUGAAGGUUAUUUCAGCAAAAGUAGUUCCUCAAUUCUUGCCUUUUGUCCCCAAUGUGUUGCCAUAUUUGUUGUUCUUUGUUCAAUACGCACAUCUCCCCUGUACUCCAAUACGAAAAGCUACAAUUAUGCUAAGCUAGCCUUCAAAGUUUACGCCACAGUACUUGUAGGCUGAGUGGAAACCCAGCCCAUUUCAGAUUACGUUGAUCCUAAGAGGACGCCAAAACUACAUGCACUUCCUGGUCACAUAGACAGUUUAGCUCAAGCCCCUCCCAAAUUUUUUAUUUAAUUUUGUUUGUAUAUGUAUGAACUAUACUCUGUGUGUGCCUCACUUCUGUGUAAAAGUCAAAAGAUGAUGAAACAAAACAAAAAAGAUGAUGAAGCAUUACAGAGAGGAAAAAAAACUUGGUGGUAUUCAGAUCAUUUAAGUUGCCUGUUCUUUCUUGUAGCCAACUAUUGAAUAUAACAGGAUUCAGAAUACAAUUUUACAAUGUUCUAGCUCUAGACCGGUGUAGCACAUGUGUGACUGUAUUAAUUUAUAAACCAAAAUGGUAACUGUGAA